UAAGAUGUCUGCCCGUGAGUGGCCUCACUCCUACCUGCGUGGUAGGUCCCGACAUGGAGCCAGGUAGCGUGGAGAACCUAUCCAUUGUGUAUCGGAGCAGCGACUUCCUGGUGGUGAACAAACACUGGGACCUGCGCAUUGACAGCAAGACCUGGAGGGAAACCCUGACCCUGCAGAAGCAGCUCAGGCACCGCUUCCCCGAGCUGGCUGACCCUGACACCUGCUAUGGGUUCAGAUUCUGCCACCAGCUGGACUUCUCCACCAGUGGUGCUCUGUGUGUGGCUCUGAACAAGGCAGCAGCAGGCAGUGCUUACAGAUGCUUCAAGGAGCGGAGGGUCACCAAAGCCUACUUGGCUCUGGUCCGGGGUCAUGUCCAGGAGAGCCGGAUGACCAUCAGUUACGCCAUUGGCAAGAACAGCACCGAGGGUCGGACCCACACCAUGUGCAUUGGGGGCACACAGGGUUGUGAGAACCCAAAGCCAAGCCUCACAGAGCUGGUGGUCCUGGAACACGGAUUGUAUGCUGGUGACCCUGUGUCCAAGGUGCUGCUGAAGCCUCUCACAGGACGGACUCACCAGCUUCGUGUGCACUGCAGCGCCCUCGGCCACCCCAUCGUGGGCGACUUGACCUACGGGCAGGCCACCGGCCAGGAAGACCAGCCCUUCCGCAUGAUGCUGCAUGCCUUCUACCUGAGGAUCCCCACCCCAGCAGAGUGUGUGGAGGCCUGCACACCAGACCCCUUCCUGCCUGUCCUUGACGCCUGCUGGAGCCCCCGCACCCUGGUGCAGCCACUUGACCAGCUCGUGCAGGCCCUACGGGCUGCCCCAGACCCUGACCCCAUGGCUGAGGAGCCUGGGCCCUGCAGCUCCUCUGUACCCCUGCCUGAGCCUGGCCGUCCCCCUCCUGAGACGCAGGCACAGCGAGCCUCCUGCCUGCAGUGGCUCUCAGAGUGGACAAUGGAGCCAGACAACUGAGAGCCGUGGGGCUGCUAGACACAGCAGCUAAGACAGCCGUGACUGCUAUAGGAUGGCUACUCUGACUAGGAGGCCGAGGCCUGGUGGGGCCUUUCUGGAAGCAUUCCCCAAGGGAAGCCCAGAAUCCUCCCCUGGAACAGAAGGUCAUCCCAGGGGUCUCCAUCUUCUACACUUGCUUGAGGCCACAGCGCUGGAGGGAAGGAGGAGCCAAGACCUGGGAAGCCUUUGCUCCAUAUGCAGCUCCUCCUGGGCCCACACAGAGACCUGGAAGAGCCAUGCUGGCCUCCUCACCUGGGCCUUGGCCCCCGGCCCAGCCAGGUCUGCAUUCUGAAAUGUUUUGCUCCACUCAGAUCUUCUAAUUCUCAAUUUGGCUGGGUCCUCUAGCCUGUCCCCUGCUUGCCUUGUGCCUUUGCCUUUGCCGGACUCUUCUAGGGCCUCACCCUCCUCUGCCUGUGUCCUGUGCUUGGCCAGGGGUGGAGGGGUCAGGACACCUUCCAUUUGCACCCGUGCCUCCAAGCCUUAUGUGAUGUUGCUUCUGCUGCAUGGGCUCCCAGCCACAGCUCAUCCUAUCUAUCUGCCUUCAAGGGCCAGCCUGGGAGUCCCUGGGCCUCAGCUCCUCCAUCCCCCACAAUACAGCCAUGCCAUGCUGGUACAGCCAGAGUCUAGGAUUACAAAUAAAUGUUUAGUG